UACGUUCUGAGAAUAAGCUUCUUGGACAGUCUUGUGAUAUUGCGAGAUACUUCUACUCUCAACAGCAAGAGAUCUCUUAUUCCUACAGAGGAUUACAGCACCAUUUAUCAACAUUAAAGAAUGAACAGGGCUGUGAUAAGUUCUGUGGGCCUCCUUAUCCUUCAGUUUAUAUCGCUCUCUGCAGCUACACCAUGUGACCCAACAUGCACAGCAAAACUAGGACAGGGAACUUGUCAAAGCAAUGGACGCUGCCUUUGUUGGUGGGGAUGGACUGGACCUAAUGCAAAAUACAUAUUAUCUGGAUUCCGCCAAAAUCGAAUAUUGGCUGACUAUUGUACCAGGUCAUGUCACUACACUCACCACUAUAGGAAUAUAGCUUGUGCAAAGAUCCCCUCCCCCCCUCGGCCCAAACAAACUUCCACGGCAAAUCCAUCAACACCAUUAACUACAGGGAACCCAAGCACAGAGAAACCAAGUACAGGAAGCACAACCAAAGCUCCACCUUCUGUGUCAUGUGACCCCAAAUGCACAGCCAUACCAGGACAAGGAACUUGUCAAAGUGAUGGAAAAUGUCUUUGUUGGUGGGGAUGGACUGGGCCUAAUGCACAAUACAUAUUAUCUGGACUGCGCCAAAAUCGAAUACUGGCUGACUAUUGUACAAGGCCAUGUCAUUACACUCACCGCUAUAGGAAUAUAGCAUGUGCAAAGAUCCCCUCCCCCCCUCGGCCCAAACAAACUUCUACAGCAAAUCCAUCAAUGCCUCAGACUACAGUAAACCCAAGCACAGGGAAACCAAGUACAGGAAGGACAACCAAAGCUCCACCUUCUGCAUCAUGUGACCCCAAAUGCACAGCCACACCAGGACAAGGAAAUUGUCAAAGUGAUGGAAAAUGUCUUUGUUGGUGGGGAUGGACUGGGCCUAAUGCACAAUACAUCUUAUCAGGAACUCUUAAAAACAGAAUUAUGGCCGAUUAUUGUACAGAAGCUUGUCAUUACACUCAUGAUUAUCUAAAUGCAUCAUGUGCCACGAUCCCUACCCCCAAGGUGUGCAGUUUACCUGGUAACACAACUGACCCAACCAUCCCUUGUGAUCCCCUGUGUGGCACAGGGACAUACCACAGUGCUGGGAGGUGUCUUUCAAAUGGCCGUUGUCUGUGCUGGUGGGGUUGGACAGGUUCAAAUGCCUGCUACAUUGAUGGAGGUCCUUAUAAUAACAGGAUCAUAGCUGACAGAUGUACCAAAGCUUGUCACUACACUCAUGACCAUAGAAAUAUCAAUUGUACCAAGUACAAUUCAACAAACCCCUCAGUACAACCUCCAGUUACAAGAAAACCAAGCACAGGGGGAAGAACAACAGGAGCACCAACCACAACAACUUAUCCUCAAUCAUCAACAGAAAAACUGACAACUGCAACAUCACCAGCAGCAUCAUCCAAAACCCAGUCAACUACACCAAAAGACACCACCACAAAUCCAACAACAGCCCAUAUUACAACAAAAGCCCCAACUACCAAACAAAAGACCACAACAGCAAAAGCAACCACCACUCAAAAAGCAGUGACCACUGCAGCAGAGACAACAACAACAGUGGCACCAACUUCGAAGCAAGUAACCACAACUCUUCCCUCCACCACAGCUAAGGACACUACCACUCAAGCUGCUGUGUCUACCACAGCAAAGACAACAACUCCUGCACCAACUACCAAACAGAAGACUACAACACAAAGGGCAAAAACCACUUCAGCAAAACAAACUACUACCCAAGCGACAACAACAACAGCAAGCACCACCAUGCAAACAACAAAACAGAAGACCACAACUACUGCAUCAACUACAGCAGCAACAACCACUCAAGUUCCUACAACAACUGAAGAACCAACAGAGCCAACUGAACCUACAGAACCAACAGAACCUACAGAACCAGGUGUAUUACAGGUCAGAGGAUGGGCUCUACAGGACCUUCAAAGUCAGAAUGAUAAUGCUGAUAAUGUUGAUGUCAUGGGAGAGGCUGAUGCUGUGAAAGACAAAGAUGAAGGUGAUGGUAAGAAAUCCAGUCAUGCUGGAAUGGUUGGUGCUGUGAUGGUGCUACUUCUCUCUUUAGUGGUCUUUGGUGCAGCUGUGUGGUGGUCUUUUGGCCGAGGCAGUCAGUGUCCGAGCUUUCUGAAAGGUUAUGAACAACUGGCAGACCAUGAUAAAGCGUAUCUGAUGAACGAGUUUUCAACUUCAACGGAGAUUCCAUGACCAUCAUUAUCAUUAAUGUAGAGGGUCUUUUCUGGGACUAUGUCAGAGAGCGGAUGAUUAUUUUAGAAUAGGACCUGUCCAGUGUUCUGAUGAGAACUUCAUUACCACACCUUUGAUUAAGAUGUUAAUGUGGUGCAACAUUUUUGCAUGUUAUCAGUGGAUCAUUGUCUUGUAUAGAGGUGACUGUUAUGCUUACCUUUGGCAAUUUAAGCUACUUACAUUUUUACAUAUUAAUCCUUUACAUCCUAACAUCAUUAUGCAUAUUCUCCAUACUGUU